UUAUUUCGCACAGAUCUAGUGUUUAUCUUCUCCGUCGCCGGAUUUUGGGUUCUCCGGGUGUCAGAGAAAUAAUAAACGCCGGAAGGAAGAUCAGUGCGCGAGCCAGCGAUUCUCCCUGAAGUAUUUAAAAUGGACAUAAGCGCGCGCAUGUGCCAAUGACCUAAAUUUCCCUUAUUUUCGAUAUAACACGAAUUAACUUUGUUCAUGACAUUGUGAUAUGUCAGGGCAAAAAUGAGAUCUCGUUGCAUUAUCGCUCAAUAUUCUGUAACUCACCGCGUUACGCCAUCUUGGGAUUAAGGGGACGAGGUGCGGGUGUGACAGAUCUAUGACAGAAUUAUCCUGGCAUCUAUUUCAAUCGAGAUAGUCUUGAAAAGUAUAUGAAGCAGUAGUAACUGUUUCAAAAGCGAAGUUUUUUUUUAUUCUUCCCUUUCGAUGUUUCUAAAGAGAAACGAACGAUUAGAGAAAACACCCGUCAUAUUGCUUAUCUUCUUUUAAACUUUUUUUUUUAAUUAUUUGUCAGUAGACACUGCUUUUGAUUUCUCAAAACUUGUAAUAUAUGUCUAUCAUAUUUAGUAUAAAAGAGAGAAUGAUUUAUUAAAAAAUAAUUAUGUAUAAAAUUAUAUUUGUGCAGCGAAAAUAAAUAAUACAUUCAUUAUUUAUGUCAUUAUAUUAUUUCGAUAAGAUUUAAUUUCACAGUUUCUCUCCAUUUCAGGAUGCAAUUGACAACAUGUUGCGGAUGUUGUUCCCUGAAAACGGGAACAAUUAUUAUCGGUGUAUUGGGAAUCGUGUUCAGCGUGCUUUCUCUAAUUGUGAUCUUAAUGACGAACAUAGAAUGGGAAACGAUAAUCGGUCUAGACAAAACGACCGCAGAGAUUAUCUUCGCGAUCUACUACUGCAUAAUAAUCCUGUUCUGUACGCUACUCGUAAUCGGCAGUAUAAAAAAAAAUGCAUUUAUGAUGCUACCAUGGAUGGUCCUAAAUAUGAUAAUAAUCGUCGUCUUUCUUGUGAUCAUCAUUUAUAGAACGAUUGUGUUCAUAAACUACGAUCUGGUUCUCUCCGGUCUUUUUACGUUUUUCUUCGAUCUAGUUGCACUCAUGAUAAACAUGUAUAUGUGGUUGGUAGUGUAUCAUCACUUUCAAGAACUGAGGAUCGAAUCGAAAAAUUGCGCACAAGAAUGGGUCUCUACGGUAAAUCAUAUAAUUAUCGACGACGAGGGUCCAGCUCGUCCGCGAGAAAGAAGUGAUCCAACGUCCGCCAUAUCAUUCACAUAAGCGCAUACAAGCUCAUAUUGAUUUGCGACAUGAUAUUGCAAUUAGGUACAACCGAUUGCAAAUUGCGAUGAUUCACGUCGUUUUCGCGUAUCUAUCUGGUUCGUUAAAGAACGACCUUAAAAAAUGUAAGACGAUGAUGUUAUUUUACGAUGUAUCGAGUCGACUACAAAACUGACCUUUUCUUACACAUAAUCGCAAUUUAUCAUAUAACAAAUUGUAGAAGAGAUAGAGCGAAAGCGAGACGAGACAUAGGAAUAUAUCUUUUCGCGCACUUUUCGCGAAUCUAUAUAUUAAUAACGUCGCGUAGAGAUAUAUUCAUUCAUUGUGCAGCUUAUUUUUCGUACACCAAAGCAUGAUAUAUUUCGAUUUAAAUGACCGGAUGUUUCGUAAAAGUAUCCCACAGCCUGUAGUAAAAUGUUGGUAUUUUUGAAGAAUAAACGAUCCGGGAUAAAUAUAUAUAUCAAUAUAUUUCAAUGUGUAUAAAACAAUGUAACGCAAUUGUUUCUAUGGAUCUUUGUCAAUAUAGUGAAAACGUUCGACCAUGAAAAAACAAAACAUACUGCUCUCUAUAUGAGAUGUCAUAGAAUUAUGAAUUAUCACAAAAUAACUAAACAUGGAACAUAA